ACAGCCGUUAGGUGAUCACACACGGCGCGCGGGCUCUGAACAGUGCUGGGUACUGGUACCUUAACCAAACAGCUAAAACGACGACGACGACGACGUUCUUGGUUGAAAAUUUUUUGUCUCUCAUUUGCGCUUGCUGGCGGCCGUGCGGGUACUUCCCCCCAUUUCCCGAGAACCGUUGAUUCUAAACGAGUGAAAGUGUCCGACCAUCUCGCAUAGGGUCCAUUUCUCCGGACGCGGGAUCCACUUCGACGAUCUGAUUCCGGUAGUUGUGAUAAUUCUGAAUGACAAGUGACAUGAUACUUAGCCGAUACUGCUUUCUAACUUGGAAGUGAAGUGUUAUUGUUCGGAGGCUAGUGAUCUAAGUAGGCGAAAGAUUCCUACUCCCAUUCGCAAACAGGUGUCACAACUCUGUGUGGAAAAGGAGAAGUUUUCUGCAUUGGGAUUACUGCUGUUUCUGUGCAAUAGUAGGAGCUGUGCGUGCGUGCAACCGUCCUGAAUGCAGAAUGACGUUUCGAAACGAGCGUAGUCUUCCCGAAGGUGUAGCUACCGUCGAAGCGAACGGGUGACGGCUCGAACGGUGCGAGAUAUUACGAUAGCAAAAAAAAAAGUGUAGGAAUAUUUAAUGGAAAACGUAUUGCGGAAAAAAAGUGUUCAGUGGAAAAGAAAUACAAUUCAACUAGUUGAGCUUGUUUGGUACUGGUUUUUGGUGGUGAAGAAAUCUGUGAAUCUGUGCGGAAGUAAGCGGAACCGUAAACAGAACCAGUAGCAGUGAUCGUGGAAAUCGAACUGCUGCUGCUGCUGCUGCUGCUGACGAUCGACAUCAUCGUGUCCUCGAAGAACGCUACUGCCUCACAAUCUCCCGAAGGGGAUCUCCGUUUGAUCUUCGUCGAUCCGUCGUCGAUCCUAGAAAAGUGUCCCUGUGCAUCACAUCCACGUUGGCCAUUUCCUAGGACCCGUCGAUUCAGCGCCCUAUCCGGACAUCCAUCGCUGGCAACCCUGCACUGUUGCGGCAUUUCGUAGGAACAUUCCCCAAGCAAACAUCUUGCCGGUGGUGGUGGCCAACACAGCCAGAACACAAGAAGUACCGCCAAACCUUCCCCAUUCAAAUCCACGACUGGCAGCUACACUAACUACAAACUAGAAAACACAGAUCUCACCCCCCACCCCUGGCGUCAGCGUCAGCAUCUUCCGCCUCCGUCGUUCGAGCAAUCAUUUUCCGUGCUCGAUUUCUUGGACACUUGGCAGUUGGCAGUUGAGGGCAGUACGCAAACCGCGACCGUGUAAAUGCUUGGAGUUACGAUGCUGAUGCUGCAUUAUAACAAACACGGCGAGUGCAUACUCCAGGAAAUCGGUGCAGCGUUCCGGGGCGAGCAUGCAACAGACCUGCUGCUCAUCUGCGAUGGCAAGCAGACCGUCCGUGCACACAAACUUGUGCUGGCCGCCGCCAGUCCACUGAUUCGAAUGAUUCUAGAGGACACGCCAGUCCUCGAUGGCAUUACGACGGUGUACUUUCCGGGGGUGCAGGUGUGCUACUUCCGGCUUCUACUGGACUUCCUGUACUCCGGCCAGGUGUACGUGCGGUCCGUCGACGAAUAUCAUCACCUGCAGGAUCUCCUAGCACUGCUGCAGAUCAAGGCCAGUAUAUGGAAGAAUAGUGAUGGUUCCAACGAUAACGAAUCCCGCAAAGGUGAACCUCACGUGGACAUCAACCGGAACGAGGGCAUCGCAUCCAGUCAUCAUUCGAGGCGACGGUCGCGAAGUCAGGGUUCACUAUCCGGCAAUAGCACUCCCAAAAUCAGUGUUAAAAGUGAACGAAAUUUCGGUAGCUCCGAAGAUGGUGAUCGUGAUGAGAACGAGUUUAUGGAUGAGGUGGACGAGGCAAUCAUCAAGAGUAACAACAACCUGCAGCACCAUCAGAUUAGUAGACAUGACGCAGACGAAGACGCUGGCGGUGGGAGUGGGAAUGAUGGUAGUGAAGCGGGAACCGGAGAUCGACAGGAUGGACGGGCAGGCUCAGCCACCGGUGAAAGUGGAGAUCGACCGACACCGACAAAUUUAAGUGGUAGCAUCAGUGGCUGCGCUGGAAGCGGCCGACUGAGUGGGAGUGGCGAUCCGGAUCCGGAAGAUGACGAGGACUACGAGCUGGACGUUGAAGAUCGUGAAGGUGACGACAGUACAGAACAGCGAGACCGGCUAAACGAUACCAUCGCAAAUCGAAGAAGCUCUUCCGAUCCGGUGAAUUUAUCUAUUGUCAAAACCCAGGAUGCUGAUUCGGAUGACGCCAACAUCGACGUGGAAACGAUAGGAAACGCACCGACUAAGAGUCUUUUGCCGCCCCGAUUUCUGGACCCGUUCCGGACCAAACGAAAAGCGUACUACAUGCACCCGGACGCGGAGUUACCGGACGUCGAGACGCCCGAUGCGGAGACACCCGACAACUACGUGGUGACGCGACGACCGACCACCACGUGGCGAAAACGACGUCCGGGUUUCCACAAUUCACCUGCCCAGAAUCCACCCUUCGUACCGAGCUAUCUGGGACUGGAUGAUCUCCGGAACCGGAAGUGUUUCCUACCCGCUCCGCCCACGUACCUGUCCGACAUCCGUCCAUGUUCCCCCGGGUCCCAGCGACCGACCGAUAUGCCAAACCCGAGCAACUAUGCCAGCAAUAACAAUAAUAGCACCAGCAACAACAACAAUAACAACCGAAUACGUCCACCGAGCACCGACAACAAGCUUGCCGUGGCACCCUUCGUGUACCCGUGGCCAACGGCUGCACUGGCCGGAUUGCCCGGUGGACCCGGUGAACUGCUCGGAAUCUCGUACGUUCACGGUGGUCCCAAUGCGGAAACCAGUCCGGCUGAACUGAUCCAACAGAUACAGAAAUUUGAGAACAGCCAGGCCGAACUGAAUGCCCGAUCCGGAAGCAGUGGUUGCGGUGGUGGAGGAAACGGCGUUGGUGGGGGACCGGGAGGUGCCGCCAGUGCUGGCAGUAUGGGGGGUAAUACCACUGUGCGGGAGUAUCGUUGCGAGUACUGCGGGAAGACGUUCGGGAUGAGUUGGAACCUGAAGACACAUUUGCGAGUUCACACCGGAGAGAAACCGUUCGCCUGCCGGUUAUGUGUGGCAAUGUUCAAGCAGAAAGCUCAUCUGCUGAAACAUCUCUGCUCGGUGCAUCGGAACAUUAUAAAUGCACCGGAAGCGGGUGGCCGGUAUACCUGCUGUUUUUGCACCCUAUACUUCGAAACUCUCCAGGAACUGGUGCGGCAUCUGUCCGGACACCAUAACAAUCUGCUGCUGAGCAAGAACCUCCACGAAUGAUACCAGCUGCUGAAUUUGGAUUACUAUUACUGCUAUCGGUUGGAAAUGUUCACCACCCGUUUGUAAGAUAGAAGUAUGUCACUCCGCUAAGGAAACCGUCUAAAAUUGUGAUAGAAUUCUGACAUACGGACAGCAAACUUUGCUGGAACGCUAUUCGUAUGAACCACACAAUGAACUGUGUAAUAUCCAAGUAAGCUUCGAAUUUAUAAUGCAACAAAAGUACUGCGACAUAACCUAUAAAAGACGCCAUCACUGUUGGUUUUUUUCUGUUGGAUACUCGAGUAUACGCCUACUAAAUAGACCCCCGAACCAACACAAAUGAAGAGGACGACUUUUCCAAAAAGACAUGUUCUUUGAGGAAUGACUCAAAGAGAGAUUAUUUUCCCGUGUGUGGUGUCAUUUCCAAAUUAAUUGCGAGUAGCGUUCUUUUGUUAUUACUUUAGUUUUCAUACAUUUAUUAUUGAUUUGCUGUUCAACAGCAGAGCGCACUAUUUGUUGAAAUAAAUCACCUUCACGCACACUUAAGGAGCAAUACGUAGGGUUAAGUCUUCUAUUGAGGAACAGCGCUGUAACUUAUUCGUUAUAUAACAUAGAUUGAACACAUAGAAACCUCACAACAAACGCAGAUUACCAAUAAUAACAGAAACAAGUCACCCCCGAAACCCUCCAGAAGAAAACAACGCAGCUAGAAAGAACGCACACUUAAUUUAAGCAUUCGUUUGUUCUUAUUAAUUUAUUACAUUUCACGCCACAAACACUUACACAAACACACUUCUGACGACAGAAACCAUAGGACACUUACUUUGAGUGAUGCACUCCAUUGAACCUAUCAAGGGUGCGCGAUUUCCAUUGAAAAGAAACUCGAUGUAAUUACGAUUCCACAUACUCCCAAUGUAGUUCAUCGUUCUUGCUACCAACUGCUAGCAAUACACAACAAAACGACCUAAGUAGAAGUUUUCGCGAUCGGAUCCCCCCAACUAGUAGACAAAAUCGGUUAAAGGCCGCCUAAUUUGGUGGCACACUAAUUUAGUAAUACAUAAAUAUUGGACGAUUGGACCGAGUAAUUUGGCAUGGCGUCCUAAGUUUGGCAUGGAAUUUUUCUAUUAAGUCCGAUUAAGAUUGUCCGUCACCUUCCGUCGCAGUCAAUCUCCGUCACCGUCGCCAUCAACAUUAAUUACAUGCAUUCUUAUGGAGACAUUCACACGUCACCGUCACGGAACGUCUUAACGGACGGAGCGUGUGAACGUUCCGGUAAAGAAAGUAUUGAACUAAUUUUGACGGAAGCUGACGUUCCGGUGACGGUGACGGAAGGCGACGGAUCGUCUGAAUCGUACAUUAUUGUAUUCGUUUUUCUCACAUUUGCUUUGUCCGCUAGAAACCGCAUGGACUGUUUUAGAGUACAAGCGAGUGGCUGAACCGGGUUUACAACAAAUCGAAAGGAUCAUUUUCGAGAGAAAAGUAAUAGUAAUCUGUUCCGCCCAGCCCCAGUUUGGAAAACGGAGUUUGCGUCUCACAAGGCAUUCCAGCGGUCAACCGAAUUUUCAAUAUACUUGCCAUAAGCCUCGGCCGGGAUGGCCUUCAGUUCCGUCAGCGAAUUACUGUUUAUGUCUUCGAUCGAGCCAUGGCGCGUUCUCCGGAGUGGAAAUUUUGGUUUUAGAAAUAGGAAAAAGUCACAGGGGGCAAAUCUGGCGAAUAUGGUGGCUGAACGAUGAUUUUCGUACGAGCUCGGCAUCGACACGUAUCAUAUCCAAAACAUUAACCAAAAAACAUACCGAUUUUCAAGAACAACUUCCUUCACUUUUUCGUUGUUCGAUCGUCUGAUGCGGGUGCGACCAAUUAAUGUUGUUUCAAAUAAAGAGAUUGCUUUUUGGUCAAUUGGUUUCUCGCCAAAACAUAUAUUUUUCGUUAAAGGCCAACGUUUCGAAGGUUAUACCUUCAUCUUCAGGGACGACUACAAAUAUUUUUCGUCAAGUGUGGUGUAACAUUUAUAAUAGUUGGUUGUGCGCGCGGGUGGUUUUAGGAAAUUUUCAAUGGAAAUUUUGAAAAAUACAUACAGAUCUUUGAAAAGCUUUUAUCUAUCAUAUUGAUUUUCCAUGAAAAGCUGUAACAGUAACAAAAUAUCUCUUGUAACAAAAGUUCAUGUAAACAAUCGAAUUGGUUCAAGAUAAUAGAUGAAAGGUAAACCAGUCAUGAUAGCUGAAAUAUCAAUUGCAGAAUAAACAUAAAUUUUUUGUUUCCUCCCUCAGUUUACAUUUCUUAUGCUUUGGAUGCACAUCUCAUUACAUUUCAAACAGUUGAAAAUGAUCGAUUUAAACUUGCUGGUGAUAAUUUAUAAUUGAUAAUUCUAAUCGGAGAAAAUUUCUGAUUUUGAACUGAUGUUUAUGCCUAUUCAUUCGAACUUACCCACUACCAACAGCGUAGACAAUGAAGCAGCUAGACUUAUAUUAUUCGAUUGAAAAUGAAAUUUUGCCUGCCUCUCGGAUCGGACCUGGGCUUAAAUGCACUUCAACACCUUGAGCCGCAGCUGAAGAUUUCUGGUUUCAGUUUGUUUUUCACAGGUCCGCUGAUUCCAUUCCACACUCAGGCUUCCCCUGUAGGUUUUGAGCAUUUGACAAGCUGUUGUUUUCGGUCUAAAGACACCGCUUGAAAUAAUAUUUUUUCUUCUUUCAAAUUCCAUUUGGUGCCAUUUCUGAACGCGACCGACUACUUUGAUCAAACUGGCAUCAGUUGUUGUCAGCCCCCUGCUAUGACGUCAUGAAACUAUGUCCAACAUCAUUCUGCAAAAACCAAAACAAUGAAGAAGAAUGGCUAACAAAAAUUGGAUAUUACAAACUACUUGUUUAUUCAGUACCCUUCACCGCACUUCCCCGCAAAUUAUCGAUCAGAAUAUCAUCAUUACGAUAAGGAAAUUGAGAUUUUACUCGAUUUGAAAUGCUCGAAUGUUUGUUUAUCAUACUCUAAGCGCUCUGAUUGCCCACCAAAUGUCCCAGAUGUUGGCUACGAUAGCACUUGCUGGAGCGCCCUAUCCUUUCCACCGGGCUGGUUGUUGUCUAUUGAAGUUCAAAGAAAUCACUGUCAACGAUUUCCAGCGCUAGAGUCGUGCAGGCAGCUCGCAAGGGUCGUAUCAAUUUAGUUAUGGUCAGAUUUUAACAAUGAUUAGUUGUAUAUCUGGCCUGAGUCG